UCCCUCUCCCGACCACUGCCCGGCCGGCACCGCCAUCGGAGCACACACACACGUCCUGCUGGUGUCCUGCCACCACCGGGGCGGCCGAUCUCGAGCGAGCCAGGCGGAAACCAAUGCAACAACUGAGCACACAUUCCAUUGUUUCUGCAGCUGAGGUCUAGGGCACACGUACGGGAGCAGUAGUGGAGGGGUUGAGUGACGGAGGAGAGAGAGCCAUAUAUAUCAUGGAGGUCGACAUGCCAACCCGCGGCGGCAUCCAUGGCGAGGUUGACGACGACGGCAAGGAGAAGAGGACAGGGACGGUAUGGACGGCGGCGGCGCACAUCAUCACGGCAGUGAUCGGUUCCGGCGUGCUGUCGUUGGCGUGGGCGAUGGCCCAGCUCGGUUGGGUGGCCGGGCCGCUGAUCCUGCUGCUCUUCGCCGGCAUCACCUACUACACCUGCUGCCUCCUUUCCGACUGCUACCGCGUCGGCGACCCUGCCACCGGGAAGCGCAACUACACCUACACUGAGGCUGUCGAGUCCUACCUAGGCGGAUGGUAUGUCUGGUUCUGCGGCUUCUGCCAGUAUGCCAACAUGUUCGGCACCGGCAUUGGCUACACCAUCACAGCUGCUGCCAGUGCUGCGGCUAUCCUCAAGUCCAACUGCUUCCACUGGCGCGGGCACGACGCCGACUGCACCCAGAACACAGGCUCCUACAUCAUCGGCUUCGGCGUGGUGCAGAUCAUCUUCAGCCAGCUCCCCAACUUCCAUGAGCUCUGGUGGCUCUCUGUUAUCGCAGCCGUCAUGUCCUUCUCCUACGCCACCAUCGCCGUCGGCCUCGCCCUCGGCCAGGCCAUUUCAGGUCCCACGGGGAAGACGACGCUGUAUGGCUCGCAGGUUGGAGUGGACGUUGAUAGCUUCACGCAGAAGAUAUGGAUGACGUUCCAGGCUCUGGGCAACAUCGCGUUCGCCUACUCUUACACCAUAAUUCUGAUUGAGAUCCAGGACACGCUGCGAUCUCCGCCGGCCGAGAACAAGACGAUGCGGCAGGCGUCGAUCGUCGGGGUGGUGACGACGACGGCCUUCUACCUGAUGUGCGGCUGCCUGGGCUACGCGGCGUUCGGCAACGCGGCGCCCGGGAACAUCCUGUCGGGCUUCUACGAGCCCUACUGGCUGGUGGACUUCGCCAACGUCUGCAUCGUGCUCCACCUGGUGGGCGGCUUCCAGGUGUUCCUGCAGCCGCUGUUCGCCGCCGUGGAGGCGGACGUGGCGUCGCGGUGGCCCUGCGCCAGGCAGCAGCACGGCGGCGUCAACGUGUUCCGCCUGGUGUGGCGCACGGGGUUCGUCGCGCUCAUCACCCUCUUCGCCGUCCUGCUGCCCUUCUUCAACAGCAUCCUGGGCAUCCUCGGCAGCAUCGCCUUCUGGCCGCUCACCGUCUUCUUCCCCGUCGAGAUGUACAUCCGGAAGCAGCAGAUCCCGCGGUUCAGCGGCACCUGGCUGGCGCUGCAAGCCCUCAGCGUCUUCUGCUUCAUCAUCACCAUCGCAGCCGGGGCCGCCUCGGUGCAGGGCGUGCGCGACUCCCUGAAAACCUACGUGCCCUUCCAGAGCAGGUCGUGAUGAUGAACACGGUCCCCGUACGUCGCUACGUGCAGUACUGGUCUACGCGUUUUGUAAACAAGAUCAUAUUCCUAGCUAAUUAAGUGCUGAUCGUGAUCGGUUUGGAA